UAUUAAUAUUAUAUUAAUAUUUAAUAUUUAUUUUUAAUGCAUAUAUAUAUUUAAUAUUUAUAACAAUAUAAUAAGAAUUGUAUAAAUCAUUAUGAUCACAAGAUAUAUUUAUUGUAAUGCAAAGUCGGUAGAAUUAUGUUCUCGCAUAUAUAAAUCGAGUCUUGCGUUUGUUCCAAAAUGCGAUCGAACAAGAAUAGAAGAUGUAAUAAAAUUGAAGGAAUUUAUCGAUGAACAUCAUCGUUUGUGCAUAUUAACUGGAGCAGGGGUAUCCACAGAAAGUGGUAUUCCCGAUUAUAGAUCGGCAGAAGUAGGUCUUUAUGCGCGAAGCAAUCAUAAACCAGUUCUUUAUAAAGAAUUUUGCAACAGUGAGGCAAUAAGAAGACGAUACUGGGCCAGAAACUAUGUUGGAUGGCCGAGAUUUUCUUCUCUCAAACCAAACAUUGCACACGAGAUACUGAAAGAUUUGGAAUAUAUUGGAAAAGUAGGCUGUAUCAUUACACAAAAUGUAGACAAUUUACAUUCAAAGGCAGGAAGUAAAAAUGUAAUAGAGUUGCAUGGAACAGCAUUCAGAGUUAUGUGUCUUAAUUGCGAUCAUAAAAUAUGUAGAUAUGAACUUCAAGAAGUCUUUCAAAAACUAAAUCCAUCUAUGGUUGCAAUUAGUCAAAUGAUAAGACCUGAUGGAGAUGUAGAAUUAUCACAGGCACAAGUCGAAGACUUUAAUGUUCCUGCUUGUGAUAAUUGUGGUGGUAUUUUGAAACCAGAUAUUAUAUUUUUUGGAGACAAUGUUCCACGCAAUAUAGUACAAAAUGUGAAAAAUAAUGUCGAGAAUUCGGAUGCUUUGCUAAUUCUCGGAACGACUCUUAGUACAUUCUCCGCAUAUAGAAUUGUCCUGCAAGCAAUCGAGGCCAACAAGCCAAUUGCGAUAGUAAAUAUUGGCAAAACUAGAGCUGAUGAAUUUAUAAAUUUAAGAGUAGAGGGAAGAUGUGGAGAUAUACUUUCAAAAGUCCUGCAGCUGAAUGUGUCAAACAAUUCUAUAAGAUAACGAUAAAUAUAUAGCUUUUAAAUUUUAAAUAAUUUUAAAUAAUUCAAAAACGUACAAUGAGUAAAUAAACUCUUAUUUGGAAAAUCAUA